AAAGGUUACGGGGUUAGUGUUUGUAUUGUGAUAUUGCAGAAUCAUGCACACGCCUAUGAAUCCAUUGUCAGCAUAAACACAGAGGGUGGGUAUUAUUGAGUGGAUACCGUGUGACAGUGCAGUUCUCGCGAAGCAGCUCUGCUGAAUUGAAAGCAUCGCCGAUAACUUGGGACUGAGACAAAUAUCCUGUAAAAUCAUGGCACCGAUUGAUCUGGACGGCAUCUGGAAAAACGUCAAGAACGAGAAUCUGGACAAUUUCCUCAAGGCACUGAAUCUCAACUUCGCGGUGCGAAAAAUGGCGGCGACACAAAGUCCGGUCUUGGAGAUCAGUCAGAAGGGAGACGUCUUCAAAAUCAUCACCAAGGGCCUCAAGACGUUCGAGACCAACUUCACCGUGGGGCAGGAGUAUACUGACAGGAACCCGCUGAACGACAAAGAGCCGAGUACGUACCUGCCGAUGUGGGACGGAGACAAGCUACGCACGGAGAACAAGAGCCAUCCAGAUGCGAUUCACUUUGUCCGUGAGUUGAUCGACGGUCAAAUGGUCCAAACACAGACCGUUGGAACAGGAGACAAAGCUGUGGUCUGCAAGAGGAUCUUUGCCAAGAAGUAGACGUGGUUGCAUGAAGA